AUGCCUCAGAACAAAGCUGCCUGGAUCACCUCACCUGGUGCUCAUCCCUUUGUAGUCAAAGAAGCACCGUACCCAAGCACUGGACCUGGAGAAGUUGUCAUUAAGAAUUCGGCCGUUGCUAUUAACCCCGUGGAAUGGAAAAUCCAAUACCACAGCGAGGAGCACAAAUACGUAUACAACUAUCCGUUCAUCCUCGGUUCAGACUGCGCUGGUACAGUUGAAGAUGUCGGUGAAGGGGUAACGAGAUUUGCAACGGGAGACAGGGUUAUUGCGUUCUGUCCCUCACUUCCUACCAACAAUACCGCACAGUCCGCCUUCCAACACUACACCCUCGUGCCGGCCACCCACACCAUCUCCAUUCCUGCUUCCCUCCCCUUCAAAAACGGCGUCGUACUACCUCUUGCCCUCGCAACCGCUGCAUCUGGUCUUUACCCGCCCAAUCUACUCAAUCUGCCUCUACCGACUACCCCGCCACGCAAGACAGAGUUGAAGAAGACGGUGCUAAUCUGGGGUGGUUCCUCCUCUGUUGGCCUCGCUGCGAUCCAACUCGCUGUCGCAUCCGGUCUCCGCGUCAUUGCGACAUGCUCCUCAACUAAUUUCGAAUUGGUGAAGAGCGUGGGUGCGAAAGAGGUGUUUGAUUAUAGGUCUGCGUCUGCGGUGAGCGAUAUCGUGGCUUCACUCCAGCAACCCGACACCGAAUUCGCCGGUGUGUACGACGCCAUCUCCGAAUCUUCUAGCUUCAGCAUGGUCAAAUCCAUUGUCGAAACCCUCCAAAGCAAGGCGCCCAUAGCAGUUGUUAUGCCAUGUGCAGCGGAUAUGGCAUCAGAGUGGUACAACCCACAGUUCCUCAUGGCGUUCCAAAUUUUGGCUCCACCACAUCAGCAUAUUGGGGAAUACAUCUUUGGCGAGUUCCUCCCUGAAGCAUUCGAGAGGGGGGUAAUGCAGGCUAAACCCGAUGCUGAGGUUGUGGGGAAAGGACUGGAGAGCAUGCAGCAUGGUGUAGAUGUGUUGAAGAAGGGAGUCAGUGCGAAGAAGAUUGUUGUGGAAUUGUAA